CAGAAAUCAACACCUUUGCCGUCGACACCUCAAGCAUGUGAUUUACAACCUGCUAACGGUCAUAAAACCUGGCAGAUAAAUGUUAGAAGUCACUGGACCGUUACAUUUGCAUAAUUGGUGAAAAAGUAAACGAAUGUAGUGAAACGGUAUGGGAUGGUUAUUAGAACUUGAAAAAUGUCUGCGAACAUAAAUAAUGUGUUCACCGACAAGGAGACGUCUAACUGGUUUAAAGCGUCCAUCGCUCUGAUUGUCACCAAACAAGGACUAGAAAAGUUUGUUGACACAGAAGUACAAAAGGUACACGCUGCGGUCGUGGCUAGUUGUGGACAAUGUUAUACAGAAAACUUACUCCCUUGUCCUCAAGGGAAAUGGAAAUGUCAAAAUACUAAACCGUGUAAGUUUCACAAACUCCCAGCUUUUAAACAUCGACCUUGUCCUGUUGGCGUAUGUGACAAAGUUAAAAAAAACAUCGAAUCGUAUCACAGAUAUUCGCUUCCAUCAUGGAAGAAUACAAGAGCAAAAUUAUGGGGGACCAGUCACUGGGAAGUCGCCAAAUGCUUUCUGCCUCCAGAUGGUUACAUUGAUGUUUCGUCUGUUCAGGACACUGACUUCAAUGGAGUUAUAAGUGUCCUACUCAAUUGCAAGCACUUCGACAUGUUCUUCUCCUUCCCCAUAGCAGCAUCGCCGCAAUGCAUUUUGACCCAGGCUCGUCAGAUCAGUAAAGCAGUACGUCACACAACCAGUUGUCAGGUUACAGACACAGAUCUAAAUGAUUAUAUCCAGACACUCACGUCACUGCUCUCCGACCCAGCGUACCUUGCAAUUGACCCAGACGCGACAACAGCUAGAAAUAAACUCAUAGAUUUACAGAAUAAUCAGCCAUUCAUAACCCCGGAACAACUGAUUGAACAUCUCAAAGACGCACAACAAACGCUACUUAAACUGCAGAGAUCAGGAGAAACACUUACACAAGAACAACAAGGACUCUCAGAAAAAAUAGAUAAGAGUCUAGAAGAUAUUACAGCCCAUUUAAAAACGUGUCUUAAAAGUUUAGACCAAAAUGCGAAAGAAGCUGCGGAACGUGUUUUACAAGAAAGACAAAACGCACUUCAAGCGAUAGAGACUAAGCAGCAAGCCAGUCUUCAAAAUAUAGAUGAAAAGGCAAAAGAAGCAGAGAAGCGCAUUUCCCAACAAGGCGAGCAAACAAUUCAAGAGAUGCAGACUACGAAGCAUGCCAGUCUUCAAAAUAUAGAUGAAAAGGGAAAAGAAGCUGAAAAGAGCGUUUCACAAAAAGGCGAAGAAACGCUUCAAGAGAUAGAGACUAAGCAGCAAGCCAGUCUUCAAAAUAUAGACGAAAAGGGGAGAGAAGUAGAAAAGAGCGUUUCAAAAGAAGGCGAAAAAACCCUUCAAGAGAUAGAGACUACGAAGCAGAUCAGUCUUCAAAAUAUACAUAAGAAGCGAAAAGAAGCUGAAAAGAGCGUUUCAAAAAAAGGGGAAAAAACUAUUGAAGUUAUGGAAAAUAAAGAGCAGGCCAGUCUUCAAAAAAUAGAUGACAAAGGAAAAGAAACUGAAAAGCGCAUUUUACGAGAAGGCAAAAACGUGGUAGGGAUAAUUGAGUCCAAGAAGCAGAAAACCCUUGAAAUUCUAGAUGAGAAGUAUAAAGAAAUCAAGGAAGACACAAAUCAAUAUAAUCAAGAAGUGAAAGAAUUUCGUCAAAAGUUGAUUCAACAUUAUAACAUAAAACUCAAGAGCAUGCCAUUAUCUCGAUUAAACCCUAGUAAUGACAGCACGACUUUAGAAGAGAUGUAUGCUACACCUAUACUCUACAGAACAGACAAGAAUAAGUGGCGGUCUCAAGGACAAUAUGAACAAGAAGGAAGAACCAUAAUUCAUUCUUACAAAGACAUGUUUGGUGCAACUUGCAAAAAUGGUGUACGUAUAUUCGUACAAGGCGAAGCAGGUUCUGGUAAAACAACGUUUGUAGCAAAGUUAGUGUUAGACUGGUGCAAAGGGUUUCAAUCAACAAUUAAAACUAAUGAAGCGGAAACUGAUUUGGAGGACCUUGAAACGUUACAGAUGUUUCCAUUUGUCUUUCUUGUCACGUUGAGAGAUUCUAUUGGUGAACGUGAAAUACCUAAGAUGAUUAAGCAACAAGUUACAGACAUAAUAUAUUCUGACUUUAAGCGGGAAAAAGCCUACGCACUCGUACAACAAAUCAUGGAAAAGGAAAUAUGCCUUGUGGUGCAAGACGGUCUUGAUGAGUGGAAUGAUGUGCAAAUCAAACUAGGACAACCGUUGAUGCUUAGUAGUCAUACUAGCUGUUUCGUAUUAACUACAACGCGACCGUGGAAAAUGGCUGACGAAAGCAUCAAAGAUUCAGACGUCGGUGAUUUGAUCAUGUUGGAAGGCGUACAGGAUCCAUACAAGCUGUGCGCAAAGGUGAUUGGGAAAUACAAAGAUGGUGAUAUAACCUCUCAUCUUUGUGAUUUCGAAAGUUACUUGCGAUCUUCCAAUGUCAACAAUGAUAUGAUGUUGAAGCCAAUGUUGCUAAACCUCUUUGUGCUUGCAUGGAUCGAAGACAAUCCUUUAAAAGGAUCAUCAUGUGAAAUAUAUAGCGUAUUGCUCGACACCCUUCUUAUAAAGACUGGAAAAGUUGGGACCGGAAAACAAGAUAACGGUUACCAGUGGCCACCGGUCAAAUGUUUCGCACGUACACGCUACUUAAAACCAAAUAUCGAAAUUAUUAAUACACUUUCACUUCUCGCAUUUCGGCAGUUAUUUUCUCUCGUAAAAGAGUUUCGUAUUGUAUUUGUGGACAAAGACAUGAAAAAGUAUAAGAUUUCCAAAGACAUAAAGAAAUUUGCUCUUCGUUGCGGUAUUCUUGUAGAAAGAAAAUGUCCAACGUUAACGUAUGCAUCAUCCACGUUUUCAUUCGUACAUAAAAGCGUGCAAGAAUUUCUAGCUGCAUAUUUCAUAGCAUGCAGUCAACAUGCCAUUGAUGUCUUCAUCCCUUGGUUGAUAGAAAAAGGACAUUAUAACAUAGACGAUAUGUUUAAUAUUUUUAAGUUUCUGUGUGGGCUUAAUAUCGAAGCAGCAAAUAAACUAUCGUGCUUACUGGACGGACUAGAAGGAACAUGGUAUCUAAUGAAAUUCCAGAAAACUCUAAUGGACGGAUGUAGAGAAGCUCUGGCUAACGACGUUGAUGAAACUAAGAUUAAAUUGAAACUCAGUUCGAUAAACUACUGGCAUCAGUUUUAUUAUGUAGAUUAUAUACCAUUCAACUGCGUUGUAAAAGUGAACCUAUCAAACAUUCGGUCAUUGACAAUAAUAGACAGUUGUUUGAAAUCUGGUGAAUUAUAUUUGCAUUCACAAUACAUAAAAGACGUACUGAUAUCGUCAGCUCAUUGUCUUGAGAAUCUGAAGUUAACCUUCACCGUUGACUGCGCGGCCACCCGACUUAUUGAUUGGUACAAAAACAGUGCUAACUUUAGAAUUACAGAUAACUUCAAGACAUUGAAAACCAUACGGAUAGAUUGCGUAAUCGUUUCUUUUUCGAAAUUGUUGUUUCCCGAUGAUGCAACAAUAGAGAUGCAAAACGAUAUAGAAAUGAUAUUUCCUGGAAGCAAUUCACAUGCAACAGGAAUUAAAGACAUCAUAGUUCCUUGCACUAUCGAAGAAAUUACAUUACAAAAUGUCACAAUAUCAUCUACAUGGCUGCGACACUUGUUGAUGAAACUUGCCUCAUUUGAUCAUGCAGUAACUUGCAGGCUUAGAGGCUGCAUAAUAGCAACGUCAAGUGCCUUUAGUGAUAAACCGUGCAACGAUAAUCACACUUCUGAUGGGGACAGUUGCGAGUCGAACUCAAUCCAACGUGAUCGAAACAAUUUAACGUUUGUAUGCAGUCCAGACUGUGAGGGAUUGUACGAGGCAUUAACUGGGCUGAAAAUUAAAAAUCUUGAAUUGUUCCGUAUUUCAAGGUACGAUCUUUUUGCCAAUAUACUGCAUACGAUCGCGGAACUAGAAUCGUUGAAGAUAGCAUUCUUCACGUUUAUAAAUGAUAGCGAACCGUUGGAUUUCAAUUUUAAUGCAUGCAAUAAAAAGACAAUUGAGUUCAUUGCUUUGUCACCGGUUGAGUUGCGGAAUCUACUGGGAAAAUUUUCCGAGUGUGAUCACCCGCUUGAGUGCAGGCUGCAUUGUGGUGUUGAUGAGGAUAGGCUUAGAGAGUAUGACGACAUUAUGCGGGAUCUCCAUUUACUUCAAUUCCCAGGAGUGACUUUGAUUUCUUGCUCCUUAUGCGAAGAGUGUUUUUAUUGUGAAUAUGAUGAUUAUGGCGAUCGUGAUAACUCAAUCCAUGAUAGUCAGUUUAAGUUUCACAAUGCAUUUUACAUUAGAAUAGAACUUCAGUGCAAAGGUAAUUAAUACAUUUUAUUAACACAAUGAAAACACAUACAGUGUCUAUACAUUUUCUGAAUAAGAUUUUAACAUAUAGUUACCAUAAUGUCGUAUACAAAAUAAAAUAAAAAAUAUA